AUGUUAAGACGCACCAUAUCAAGUCGUGCAUAUAUACAUCCGUUGAAAAGAGGCUUAAGGCUUCCAUAUUCCUCAUUUUCUUCUUCGCUUUCUUCUGUGUCAGUUCCAAAUUCUAGUGUUAAAAGAUUAAAUUUUUCGUUAAGGAAUUCAAUAUCCUCACCCUCCAUUGUUCCAAUCAAUAAUCAAAUCACUACAAAGAGAUUCUAUGUUUCAAUCAAUAAAAAAUCUGGUGAAGAUGAUAAUCAGCCUGCUUUAGUAAAAUAUGGUACUAAUUUAACAGCAUUAGCAAAACAUGGGAAAUUAGAUCCUGUCAUUGGUAGAGACGAUGAAAUAACAAGAGCAAUUCAAAUUUUAUCCCGUAGAACCAAAAACAACCCUGUCUUAAUUGGUAGAGCAGGUGUCGGUAAAACUUCAUUAAUUGAUGGCUUAGCUCAAAGAAUCAUUAGUGGCGAUGUCCCUGAUUCAUUAAAGGAUAAAGAAUUAAUCACAUUAGAUUUAAGUUCAUUGAUUGCGGGUGCCAAAUUUAGAGGGGAUUUUGAAGAAAGAUUGAAAUCUGUUUUAAAGGAAAUCGACGAAGCAAAUGGUAAAGUUAUUAUUUUCAUUGAUGAAGUUCAUAUGUUAUUAGGGUUAGGUAAAACAGAUGGAUCAAUGGAUGCAGGUAAUAUUUUAAAACCAAGAUUAGCAAAGGGGCUACGUUGUAUUUCAGCAACAACAUUAGAUGAAUAUAAAAUAAUUGAAAAAGACCCUGCUUUGGCAAGAAGAUUUCAACCAAUCUUAUUAAACGAACCUUCUGUGAUAGAUACAAUUUCUAUUUUGAGAGGUUUGAAAGAACGUUAUGAAGUUCAUCAUGGGGUUAGAAUAACUGAUACUGCCUUAGUGUCUGCUGCUACUUUAUCCAAUCGAUAUAUUACAGAUAGAUAUUUACCAGAUAAAGCGAUUGAUUUAGUUGAUGAAGCUUGUGCGGUUUUAAGAUUACAACAUGAAUCAAAGCCAGAUGAAAUUUUAAAAUUAGAUAGAUCAAUUAUGAAAAUUAAAAUAGAACUGGAAUCGUUAAAGAAGGAUACUGAUCCAAUCUCAAUUGAAAGAAAAGAUAAAUUAAAAGAACAAUUGAAUCUUGAAAAUGAAAAAUUAGAUAGAUUGAUGAAAGUAUGGGAGAAUGAAAAGAGACAAAUUGAUAAGGUUAAAACUUUGAAAAAAGAAUUAGAAGAGGCUAAGAUUAAUUUAGAACAAUUUCAAAGACAAGGUGACUAUAGGAAGGCUUCUGAAUUAAGUUAUUCAAAAAUACCAGCAAUUGAAAAGGAAAUAAAAUCUUUUGAGAAAAAAAAUCAUAUUAACAAUGAAAAUGAUUCAAAUGGUACCGGAACAAACGAAAAUAUGCAGCCAUUACUACAUGACUCUGUUACUUCAGAUGAUAUUUCAAAAGUUAUAUCCAAUAUGACAGGGAUUCCAAUUGAAACAGUUUUAAAGGGUGAUAAAGAUCGGUUGUUAUAUAUGGAAGAUUCAUUAAAGAAAAGAGUUGUGGGGCAGGAUGAAGCUAUAAAAGCUAUAUCUGAUGCAGUAAGGUUACAAAGAGCUGGUCUAACAAGUGACAAAAGACCAAUCGCAAGUUUCAUGUUUUUAGGACCAACAGGUACUGGUAAGACUGAACUAACAAGAGCAUUGGCUGAAUUCUUGUUUGAUAAUGAAUCAAAUGUAGUCAGAUUUGACAUGUCUGAAUUUCAAGAGAAGCAUACAGUAUCUCGUUUAAUUGGUGCUCCACCGGGUUAUGUUCUUAGUGAAUCUGGUGGUCAAUUGACAGAAGCAGUCAGACGUAAGCCUUACGCUGUAGUUUUAUUUGAUGAAUUUGAAAAAGCCCAUCCGGAUGUUUCUAAAAUCCUUUUACAAGUUUUAGAUGAAGGUAAGUUAACAGAUUCUUUGGGCCAUCAAGUUGAUUUUAAAAAUACUAUUAUUGUCAUGACGUCUAAUAUUGGGCAAGAUAUUUUAUUAUCUGAAGUAAAAGACUCACAAGAUGAUACUGGGAAGAUUGAUGAAAAAACGAAAUUACAGGUGAUUGAAAAGGUUAAAAAAUCUUAUCCACCUGAAUUUAUUAAUCGUAUUGAUAAUAUGAUUGUGUUCAAUAGAUUAUCUAAGGAGGUAUUAUCUUCCAUUGUAGAUAUUAGAAUAAAUGAAGUCCAAGAAAGGUUGAAUGAAAGAAGGAUCAAAUUAGAAUUAACCGAGAAAGCAAAAGAAUGGUUAACAAAUAAUGGUUAUGAUCAAUUUUAUGGUGCAAGACCAUUAAAUCGUUUAAUUCAAAAAUCUAUUUUAAAUCCUAUGGCUACUCAAUUAUUGAGAGGUGAAAUUGUAAGUACAGAUACCGUCCAAAUUGAUGUUGAGAGUAAAACCAACAAAUUGAAAUUAAUUCCAAUUCAUAACACAGCUGAAAUUGAUAAUGAAACCAAUGAAAAUAAUACUGCUGAUUCUGAAUAA